AUGACGAAGCCCCGUCGUGGUGUGCGGUUCCCGAACCGCGCGAACGGUGACCGUCGGUCUAGCUUCAGCGAUGCCAGCGAGGACGGUCAAUCGCCCACAAAGUCCCGGCCGGCCGUCGUCCUGAGCAACAUUGCAGAAAAACAAACCCCUGAGCAAGAACAAGCCGCCGAGUACGAAAAGAAGAAGCAAAACUUCAUCACGCGCACAUUCUGGACCUUUGUCAUGAUUGGCGGCUUCUUUGCCGCGCUGUUCAUGGGCCACAUCUACAUGAUUCUCAUUGUUACCGCUAUCCAGAUCGUCUCCUUUUCCGAGGUCAUUGCCAUCGCCAGCGUACCUAGCCGCGCGCGCCAGCUCAGCUUCACAAAGAGUCUCAACUGGUACUGGCUGGCCACGACCAUGUACUUUUUGUACGGCGAGAGUGUCAUCUACUACUUCAAGCACAUUGUUCUGGUCGACAAGGUGCUUCUCCCGCUGGCCACGCACCAUCGCUUCAUUAGUUUCAUUCUCUACGUCUUUGGCUUUGUCUUCUUCGUCACGUCCCUCAGCGCCGGCCAUUACAAGUUCCAGUUCACCCAAUUCGCAUGGACCCAUAUGGCCCUGUACUUGAUCGUUGUGCAGGCGCACUUCGUUAUGAACAACAUCUUCGAGGGCAUGAUCUGGUUCUUCCUCCCCGCGUCGCUCGUCAUUACCAACGACAUCUUCGCCUACAUCUGCGGUAUCACCUUUGGCCGCACUCAGCUCAUCAAGCUGUCCCCGAAGAAGACCGUGGAGGGCUUCGUCGGUGCCUGGGUCAUGACAGUCCUCUUCGGUUUCUUCUUCUCCAACAUUCUCAUGAAGAGCAAAUACUUCAUCUGCCCCGUCAACGAUCUCGGCGCAAACGUCCUCACCGGCCUCGAGUGCGAACCGAACCCCGUUUUCCUCCAGCGCACGUAUACCCUGCCGCAUUUCUUCUUCCUUCCCGCCAGCUGCCCCACCUUUAGCAUCUCUAUGGCGCCUCUGCAGAUCCAUACCGUCAUCUUCUCGACGUUCGCCUCGCUCAUUGCACCCUUUGGCGGCUUCUUCGCUUCCGGUCUCAAGCGCACCUUCAAGAUCAAGGACUUUGGCCACUCCAUCCCCGGACACGGCGGCAUCACUGACCGCAUGGAUUGCCAGUUCAUCAUGGGCUUCUUUGCCUACAUGUACUACCACACUUUUAUUGCUACGCACAAGGCCACGCUUGGCAGCGUUAUGGAGCUGGCUAUAACUGGCCUGACACCCGAGGAGCAGAUCGAGCUCUUGCGCGGCGUUGGGCGGUAUCUGAGAAACCAAGCCAUCGUUGGCGAGGAGGUUGGUGAUGGGGAUUGA